CACAAACAAAACCAACUCCUCAAUCUUCAACUCCAAAACCAACCUCCAACCAUCCACCAUGGUCAAUUUCACUACUCUCGCCGUUGCCAUUGUGGCCAGCUUCUCGUCUCUUGUUGCAGCCGACAACUGCCAGAAUGGCCUCCAGUACUGCGGCUACGUUCUCUUGAGAAAGGGCAACUACUACGCCCAGAUUACCCAAGCUCUGUCUGGCGCCGGUAUGCCCGCCGAUCCGUCCCACAUCCAAAACACCCUUUUCCAGUGUGUUGGUGGACCCAACGGUAACAUCAAUGUUAUCAAGUACUGUGGUGCUGCCUGCCAGGAUGGUGGUAACAACCACAGCGACAUCUGUUAA